UGCUGUGCAUAACCCUGAUGUUUUUUGUAUGAUUACAUUUACAAGUUCUGUGGUAGACUCUUGAGCAGGCUCCCUUCUUCUAUGGUGGUGAGUCUGGAGAGUUACAACCAAAAGCUCCGGGUCAGGAAAAGUAGGUGUGGCUUUUUGGGGCUGUGCCGCCCAGCCCCUAGAAUGUAGUUGGCAGUCUCCUCCCCUUCCUGCACUUGAGCUCUUCACAGUGUGCGCACUGGAAUGACAGGCAUUCCUGUGUGAGGAGAGCCAGCGUGAAGACAUAUUUGUAAGAACCACAAGUGCCCAGGCCAGGAUACAGGGAACAGAAACUCCAGCAGAUUAACUGAUCUCAUGCUCUUUCCUGAUGUUUGGGAGUGACGCUGAGAGAGGAGUGCCUGUCCCCUCUCUAUGUGGAUUUAUCUUUUAAGAAAAGUUUUCUUUGGUCCGGGACAGUUUGUUGUCGUGAGAUACAUCAGACAAUUUAAUCAUGGGGCAAGCUGACGUCUCCAGACCGGUAAAUCCAGAUGCAGUUGAAGAAGCAAGCCAGCCCACCGCAGACCCAGGCAUGGUCAUGGACAGUGUGGAAGCAGGAGACACAACGCCUCCCACCAAAAGGAAGAGCAAGUUCUCAGGCUUUGGCAAGAUCUUCAAGCCCUGGAAAUGGCGGAAAAAAAAAAGUAGUGAUAAAUUCAAAGAGACAUCAGAAGUUUUAGAGCGAAAAAUAUCUAUGCGAAAACCGAGAGAAGAGCUGGUUAAAAGAGGGGUUCUGUUGGAAGACUCUGAACAGGGUGGUGAGGAACCAGGGAAGUUGAGCCAUGCCAUGUUAAAAAAUGGCCAUACCACUCCCAUAGGGAGUACCAGAUCUUCUAGUCCCAAGCAAGCAGAAGAAGAGUCAGGAAGAAUAGCAAGUCUUAGGAAUCCUGUUCCAGAAGAGGACCCAAAGAAGCGACUAGGCUCAACUGGAAGCCAGCCUAAUUCUGAAGCAGAGUCCGUUCCUGAGAACGCACCCAGACAGCCUUUGCUUCCCCCUAAAAGACCCUUGUCCUCUUCUCACGAAGCAAAUGAAGGGCAAGCAAAGGCUGCCGCUUCCUCUGGCAGCACGGCAUGGCCCAUCUCCUCGGCCCCCGCUGCUGCCCCCACCGCAGCACCCGCUGCCGCCCCUGCUGCCGUGAACCCAGCAAAGACUGUUGAUUCCUCCGUCCCCCCGUCCCCAGCACCCAGGACUCUGCCCGCCGCUCCGGCCAGUGCGAACACUACCGCUGCCCCAAGCCUCACUCCCUCGGUCCUUGCCAAGCAGCCGCCUGUCCCUCCCCCUAAACCAGCUCACAGAAAUAGCAACCCUGUCAUUGCCGAACUGUCCCAAACAAUAAACAGCGGUACAUUAUCAAAACCAUCCCCCCCCUUACCACCUAAGAGAGGCAUUCCAUCAACCUUGGUACCCGCCUCGGAGUCUGCAGCUGCCACCACCACAAAAGCACCGAGUGAUCAGAGAGAAAGGAACACAUGCUCUGUGGGCUCUGAACCACUGUUGAUGAUCCCACCUCCCUCUCCAUCCCCGCCACUGCCUACUCAUAUACCUCCCGAACCCCCACGGUCCCCUCCAUUCCUUGCUAAGACUUUUCAAGUUGUGCCAGAAAAUGAGUUCCCACCUUCCUUAAACCUGUGCCAGGAGGUAUCCCAGCAGGAAGAUCAGAAAAAGGAAGUACCCAAGAGGAUGUUGGACCACAGCUUUGGGGAGCCGCAUGUGCCCUGUAGGCUGCCUCCACUCCCACUGCAUAUCCGAAUCCAGCAGGCCCUGACCAGCCCACUUCCUGUGACUCCUCCCUUGGAGGGCUCUCACAGAGCUCAUUCCUUGCUUUUUGAGUACAGUGACAACUUUUCUGAGGACAGCAGCACCCUGGGUCGGACCAGGUCACUUCCCGUCACUAUUGAAAUGCUGAAAGUUCCAGACGAUGAAGAAGAAGAGGAACAAAGCCACCCAUCUGCAUUCAUUGAAGAUGCGGCAUCUACCUCAGUUGUUCCUGAACUACCACAGUGUCUGCAGGAGGAAGAGGAAGAGAAGGAGAGUGACUCUGAUUCAGAAGGUCCCAUUCAAUACCGAGAUGAAGAGGAUGAAGAUGAGAGCCAUCAUAGUGCUCUGGCCAACAAAGUGAAGAGGAAGGACACACUGGCAAUGAAGUUGAACCACAGACUCAGUGAACCAGAGUUGAACAUGAAUUCUUGGCCUCGGAAAAGCAAAGAGGAAUGGAAUGAAAUACGGCACCAGAUUGGGAACACACUGAUCCGACGGCUGAGUCAAAGACCAACACCGGAAGAACUAGAACAGCGAAAUAUACUACAACCUAAAAAUGAAGCUGAUCGGCAAGCAGAAAAACGAGAGAUUAAACGUCGGCUCACUAGAAAGCUCAGUCAAAGGCCAACCGUGGCUGAACUACUUGCCAGGAAGAUCCUGAGGUUUAAUGAAUAUGUGGAAGUAACAGAUGCUCAAGAUUAUGACCGGCGAGCCGACAAACCUUGGACCAAACUGACCCCUGCUGACAAGGCUGCCAUAAGAAAAGAAUUAAAUGAAUUUAAAAGCUCAGAGAUGGAGGUUCACGAAGAGAGCAAACAUUUUACACGCUACCAUCGUCCAUGAUGCUGAAGUCUGAGAGAGGAACUAAACAACUCCCCAACACAGGGCUGCUUGGCUACUUCAGUCUCCAGAGUGAUGUGAAAGGAAUUUCUGCACUUCCCAGCACAGCCAGGAUUGAGUCCUCUGGGACGUAGUUCUGGGGCGAACAGCACGUCUAUGAAUGUAGCAUUUCACUGGAAUGGGUGGUCAUGUGCUGCUCUGGACAAAACUGAACACUUUUUCAGUGCUCUUGAACCUUGUAAUAUUGCAGCGUACUUGAGGGGUCUUCCCCACCAGCCACCCUCGCCCCAAGAUGACUGCUUGCGCUGGGGCACAGUUUGCACCAUUAGCCUUACCUGCUCGGUCCUGGUUCUGAGAUCCCCUUGUGUGGCACCAAAUUCCAGCUGUCAAAUCCAGCUGGUGGUGGGAAGAACCUUCUGGAGGCCCCCGGCCUUCUGGCAAAGGGGCUCCCAUGUCCAGGGCACGCCUGCACACCACACUGGCACGUCCAUUGAAAGCACCGCACUAUGCCUCUCAUAACCCAGCAGUAUAGUCCUCUUCAGGCAGUCCAGCCUCAGAGAAGCUCAGGAUCUGACAUGGUCCAACCUUUUGGCACAAGUCAUCCUGAUUUUUAUUUUUAAAAUUAAAAAAAAAAAAAAAAAUCUUGAAGAAGUGCUGGAAACUUAUAUUUUUCCUAUCUGUUAAACAAUCUGAGCUGCAACUAGAUGCCAAGUUCGGAAAAUGAGAAAGCAUGUAUGUUUUCUAUAUACAAAACCAAAACCAAAAAAGGCCUUUAUUGUUUUCAAUUAGCAAUAAUCGCGCCUCGGAUAAACCUCAUUGGCUACAAUACUGCCACUGUGCAAAGCUCAAAGGCCUUUAUUGUCAAUGCCAACUUGUCAGAAAACUCACUCAUUGCUUAAAUUUUAUAAGCUAUUGUGCUUUCGUCAUACCAAAUGAUAUUCUAAGUCAUUCUGACCAGUAGAUGUAGCCUCGUCCAUAAAAAAGAGUUUUGAAAGACGUGGGAGCAGCCGUCCUCCUUGGGCCCCCACGUUUCCAGCCAGAAUCACUGCAAGGUCUCGGAACACGGGGUGCUGGACCGGAAGGGGUCUCUGGAGGAGGAAGUAGGAGGGACACAGUCAUGACCCGCUCCUCCUCCCUUCUCCUCAGUGCUGUUGGCCCCCUCCUGCCAGGCUCUCCCACUUCCCUCCUGCUGACCCUACCCUCUCUGGCAGCCUCCACCUCACGCACCCCUCCUCUGCCAAGCAGUCGCCAGUGUCGUCGGUGCUUGGGCCUUGGCUCAGCCCCCACCUCUUUUUGUAUUUGUAAUAUAUAUUAAUAUGAUUUCCUAGAACAGAAAAUUCAUUUGCUCUGAGUUUUUAUUUUGAAAACCAUACAGCCUCACCGUUUCCUUCUAAUACCUGUCCAUAUUAAGUGGAAGAAAAAAAAUAGUUCCUAUUUAACUGAUGAAUGUGGCUUUUUUUCCCCUUAAUGUUCAGAAAAUGGUGGCUGUUUCAUAGAUUUCUUCUGCAGUUCCUGUUUUGCUGCAGCUGUUCAUAGCUGUUCCUCGUUUUCUGCUUUUAUAUCCCUAUAAUAAUUACUGAAAAAUCAGAAUAUCCGGUCAGAACAAAGGAGGUGAGGUGACCAUAAAAGGUAGUAUUUUCUCUUUGUAUGGGGAAUAGGGAAGUAUUCAGAUUUUUCAGUUACUGUCAAAUGCUUUGUGGGUUUGGAGCUAUCGUGGGGCCACAGCUCCUUGAAGCUUAUUACAUUUGGUGUGACUGCAGGGAAAGUGACAGUUCUACACAGUUGUUAGAGGUCUGUAUUUAAGGUGGCCACACACGUGACUUCUGUCUGUUAGUUCGGAGAUUGUUUGGCUUAUACCAGCAUUCUCUGUGACUUGAAGUGACUUUUUCAAACCCUUCUUCCGCUGCCUGGCUUUCCCUUAAUGUGCCAAGUUUGAAACACGAUUUGAUUUCCUGAGCUACUUGUCUGCUUUCUAUGUGCCGCUAAGGACUCUAGUUCAUCUUUCAUCUCAUCAUGUUCUUUUGAAACAAGAUGCUUUGGGGGUCAAGUCUUUUCAGGUGUUUUUUAUAUAUACAUAUAUAUAUAUAAUGGAUUUUGUGUUCCCUUUUUGUGUAAGUAACAAUUCCCAAUCAUAAUGUAAAGAAGAAAUAAAAAUCGGAUGUAUUGUACUUCAAGAUGCUUCCCUGAUGUACAGAAUCUCCUUGUAAAGUAAAUAAUUGCGUUGUAUAUCAGUCUUCCUAUCAAUAUUAAUUAUAAAGUAUUUUAGAAUUAAACAAAAAGCCAAACUAUA